UUUUCAGCGUCAUAUUCGGCGUUGGGCAAGGAAAUUUUCAGUUGUUUUUUUUGGAAGAAGUUUUUCAUGUGCUAAUAAUUUUAAUAAUUUAGUAGAUAAGCUAUGGAAAAGUGGAUAUUUUUAAAUUCAAUUAGGACGAAGAUACAAAAAGAAUCUUGAGUGUUUUUGAUCGAAGGAAAUCAAUUUGCAAUAAAAACGGGGUAAAGUGAAGUAAAAGAAUAGAAAAAUACGCAUGUGAAAAUUGGCUACAAUAUAUCCGCCAUUGUGAAGUUGAAACAACGACAAAACGAAAGAAGAGAAACAUAUCGGAACGAAGGCAAAGAAGAAAAGGAGAAAAAAGGCUGGCAGAAAAUAGAAGAAGCUUGGUUAAUAAUUGCGCACACGCGAAAAAUUUUUGCAAAAUAAUAUAAAUUCAAUAAAACGAGAAAAAAACUAUUUUAAAUUAUUGAGAAAUAUAUUAAUUGAAUGCUAUAGAUCGACGACAUUCUGAAUUUGUUAAAAUUAUAAGGAAUUUAUGCAGAUUAUAGCGAUAAAAACACACGAAAAAAGUGACAAUAAAAGUGGGCAGUAGCCAGCAGAGCAGCGUCAGAGACAGAAAGCUCCCCCCGCAGUAUUUAAUAUGGUUAAGCUAGUUAGUCAGUGAGACAGGCAACAGCAGCAAUACUAGCAGCAGCAGGCAAAGCUAGUCAGAAAAGUAACGACAUUUAUAACGAAGUCUGUAAAAAGCAGCGCUAACGUCGACGUCUUAGAAUUAAAGAAAUUCUGGUUAAGUGAGGUGGAGGAGGAGUGUUGCGUGCCCGAUAGAAAAAGUGAAACUAUUAAAUAUAAUCAAAAAAAAAAAAAAAAGAUAAUAAUAAAAAGAAACAAAACGAAAAUCAAAUGCAAAUCAAUAACUUGAAACAGUUAUGCACAAUAAUUUGGUGUGUGAUCUCAUUUAAUUAACCAUCAAAGGAUUCGGAAGGUUCAGAGCGCUGCCCUGAAGUGACAGCGUGCACAGAGAAUCGAGUCACUGGACUGAUUACAGGAUUUAAAGUUAUCGUGAAUUCCCGCAAAGAAAAGUUGUAUAUUAACGAUAGAACACAAGCUGUUUUGAAAAUGUAUCCUGCACCGGUGCGUCACCCUUCAACGGGGGGACCACAACCACAAGGUCCGCACAAAUUUACUUUUCACGACGCAAUGGAAACCAUCAAACAGGAAUACAAUUUUAUGCAGACACAAAAUCACUCACUAAAAUUAGAGUUAGAGAAACUAGCCACUGAGAAAACCGAAAUGCAACGUCAUUACGUCAUGUAUUACGAAAUGUCUUAUGGCCUUAAUGUGGAAAUGCACAGAAAUAUGGAAAUUGUGAAACGUUUGAACACAUUAAUCAAUCAAUUGGUGCCCUUCUUACAACCCGACCAUCAACAACAAGUUGUGCAGGCUGUUGAUCGUGCGAAACAAGUUACAGUGCAAGAUUUAAAUGUAAUUAUUGGGCAACAACAGCAACAAGGAAUACAACAAUUCUUACAACAAAUACAUGUUCAACAAAUGCCGGGAGUACCGGCUCAAGCUAUGAGCGCGUUAGGCCCUCCUGGGGGAACGUUUGGCGCUUUAGGUGCUUCAAUGGGUUUGCCACAUGGACCUCAGAGUUUACUUAAGGCCCCGUCUGAACAUCAUAAACCCGACAUAAAACCCUCAGGUCUCGAAGGUCCAGCCAGUGCCGAAGAGAGAUUGCGUAAUUCCGUUUCGCCAAAUGACCGUGAGAAAUAUCGCAUACGUUCUCCUUCGGAGAUUGAAAGUGAUGCCAACAAACGUCGAAAAGAAGACAUAAAAUUAGACGAUGAAGGAGAGAAAAGCGAUCAAGAUUUAGUCGUAGAUGUUGCAAAUGAAAUGGAAUCACAUUCACCUCGUCCCAAUGGGGAGCAUAUGUCGAUGGAGGGUCGCGAUCGUGAAUGUCUAAAUGGCGAACGUUUGGAUAAACCGGGUAGUAGUGGCGUUAAACCACCCACAGACAGACCACCAUCUCGCUCAGGUUCCAGUUCAUCGCGUUCAACACCCAGCCUUAAGACAAAAGACAUGGACAAACCAGGCACACCGGGUGUUAAAGCACGCACUCCCACUCCCAACGCUGCCCCACCAGUUCAGGGUGUAAAUCCGAAACAAAUGAUGCCCCAGGGUGGUCCUCCGCCCGCUGGUUAUCCAGCCUCGCCCUAUCAGCGUCCGGCUGACCCCUAUCAGCGACCACCCUCCGAUCCGGCUUAUGGACGACCGCCACCAUUACCCUACGAUCCCCAUGCGCAUGUAAGAGCCAAUGGUUUUCCGCAUGCCCCCGUACUAGCUGCUGGAAAGCCUGCGUAUUCGUUCCAAAUGAACGGUGAGGGUAGCCUACAACCGGUGCAGUUUAAUCCUGAUGCUCUGAUGGGGGUUGGCAUCCCCAAGAAUGCACGUCAUAUCAGUGCAUUGUCGCACGGCGAAGUUGUUUGCGCUGUGACCAUUUCGAAUCCCACUAAAUAUGUGUACACAGGCGGCAAGGGUUGCGUUAAAGUGUGGGAUAUUUCACAACCGGGGAAUAAAAGCCCCAUUAGCCAACUGGACUGUCUGCAACGUGACAAUUAUAUACGUUCGGUGAAAUUAUUGCCGGACGGACGCACUUUAAUUGUGGGUGGCGAAGCGUCCAAUCUCUCCAUAUGGGACUUGGCCAGUCCUUCCCCGCGCAUUAAAGCGGAGUUAACAUCAUCGGCGCCAGCUUGUUAUGCAUUGGCCAUAAGUCCCGAUUCAAAAGUUUGUUUCUCAUGUUGUAGCGAUGGCAAUAUUGCCGUCUGGGAUUUGCAUAACGAAACAUUGGUGCGUCAGUUUAAUGGGCAUACAGAUGGUGCCUCAUGUAUCGAUAUUAGCCCGGAUGGUGGGCGUCUGUGGACUGGUGGUCUUGAUAACACAGUACGUUCAUGGGAUUUGCGUGAAGGACGACAACUGCAACAACACGACUUUAGUUCACAGAUUUUCUCAUUAGGUUACUGCCCGACAGGUGAUUGGUUAGCGGUAGGUAUGGAAAAUUCUCACGUUGAAGUCUUACAUGUCACCAAACCGGACAAAUACCAAUUGCACUUGCAUGAAAGCUGCGUAUUAUCGCUGCGUUUCGCCACAUGCGGCAAAUGGUUCGUUUCCACAGGCAAAGACAAUUUACUCAAUGCAUGGCGAACACCGUUUGGAGCGAGCAUAUUCCAGACCAAGGAAACAUCAUCGGUACUUAGCUGCGAUAUAUCUACUGACGAUCGAUAUAUUGUGACGGGUUCGGGUGAUAAAAAAGCAACCGUUUAUGAAGUCAUGUACUAAUGUUUUUUUAUACUUAUUUGCUACAAACAAACACAACAACAACGAUCGCUUGACUUGAUUAGGAGGUUUUCAUUUCAACUUACGGAUGAAACGAGAUAAUUUCUAUUAACUAAAUUUUUAUAAACAAAUUGAAACUUAAACGUAGUAUCAUUAUAUUUUGAAACAUUUCUUCGGCUUUUAGAGCCUCUUUGCAAGUCAUUAAACAUAUAUAUACACACACACACAUUGAUAUACAUACACAUUCUCGCAAAAUGAACAGCAGCUACAACGCCAGUACCAACAACAAUUACAGUCAUAAAGAAAUCUAAAAAAAAAAAAAAAAAUUAUAAAUAUGAAUUGGGAAAAAAUUCUUUUUUUAGAUUUUAAGUAAGUUAAGAUAUCACCAUCACACCACCAAACACAUACGCAAAAAUGAAAAACAAAUGGAAGUUUAGAUAAAAAUUUCAAAACAAAAUUAUUAACGCCGGCCUAGAGCGGUAACAGAAAAGUAAGAUGAAAGUAGAACAAGAAGGGCAGUGACAAUGUUAGAUAAAGAACAGUUUAAGCAAUUAUGCGCUGCUGCUGUCGCUGAUUACUUUCCAUGUGUUCGUGUAUUUUUUGUUAUUGUUAGUUUUUUACUUUUUUUAGUACUGCAUCUUCUACAAUUCAAUAAAGUAAUGUAUGGCAAUGAUAGUGAUUAAACAAACAAAGAAGUCUUGAAAAUAAAUAAAUUCUAUAAGUAACAAAACAACAAACCAAUUUAUUCUCAUAAUGGUUUAUAAUUUAGAAGAUGGAAGUGAAUGCGCAUAUGAAAUAAAAAAAAAACAAAAAAU